ACAAACCGCGCUCGCUGCGCCGCCCGCCCCCUCACCGGAGACCACGCCGCCGACGAGCCGGCGGGAGCUUGGGGCUGACAUGAGGACGAGGAGCGGAUCCCUCUACCGCAGAAGCGCCGGGGAGAUGGCGGUCGUUGGGCAGAAGAGGAAGAGGCCGUGGCCGCCGCAGCAGUAUGCCGUCGCCGGUGACUGCGGCGCGCGGCGGAAGAGGCUGGCAGGUGGCCCGGAUUACCUCGACGAGCUCCCCGACGACCUCGUCCUCGCCGUGCUCUCCAAGCUCGCCGCCUCCGCCUCCUCCCCGUCCGACCUCCUCUCCGUCCACCUCACGUGCAAGAGGCUGAAUGGGCUCGGCCGCCAUGACAUGGUCUUCGCCAAGGCCUCGCCGGCGUCGCUCGCCGUCAAGGCGGCGUCGUGGUCGGAGCCGGUGCAGCGGUUCCUCAAGCGCUGCGCCGACGCCGGCAACCUCGAGGCCUGCUACAUUCUCGGCAUGAUUCGGUUCUACUGCCUGGGCAACCGGAGCGGCGGCGCGGCGCUGCUGGCGAGGGCGGCAGUCGGCGGGCACGCCGCGGCGCUCUACUCGCUGGCGGUUAUCCAGUUCAACGGGAGCGGUGGCGCCAAGUCCGACCGCGACCUGCGCGCCGGGGCGGCGCUGUGUGCGCGCGCCGCCGCGCUGGGGCACGUCGACGCGCUCCGCGAGCUCGGCCACUGCCUCCAGGACGGCUACGGCGUGCGCCAGGACCCCGCCGAGGGCCGCCGCUUCCUCGUCGCCGCCAACGCCCGUGAGCUCACGCUCGCCCUCGCCGCCGCGGCAUCGCACCGCCCCUUCGCCGCCCUCCCCCUCGGCGUCGGCGGAGGCGGCAGCGGCACCAUCGGCGGCUGCCCGCUCCUCUCCGACUUCGGGUGGAGCCUCCCGGAGGCGGAGCCCCACCCAGCCAACCUCUUCAUGGCCGACUGGUGGGCGUCCCGCGGCGUGCAAGCGAGCGCCAAGAAGGCCGCCAACCCCGAGGAGGCGGCUGCCGCCACCGGCGACAGCGACGGCGGCGGCGGCGAGCUUCGCCUCUGCUCCCACGUGCGGUGCGGCCGAAGAGAAACCCGGCGACACGAGUUCCGGCGGUGCUCCGUCUGCGGCGCGGCCAACUACUGCUCCCGCGCGUGCCAGGCCCUGGACUGGAAGCGCGCCCACAAGGCGCAGUGUGUGCCCAUGGACCGGUGGCUCCUCGCCGCCGGCGAGGCCCAGUGACUCCGCCGCCCUAGCCACCACAACCAACCAUUACUACUAUCCCCCUAGAGGGCUAGACCCACCGGUCCACCGGUUUAACGCUGGACCGGGUGUAGCCAAGGCAAGUGGCAGAAAAAAAAAUGAGGAACCGUAUUUUUUUUCCCUUCUCUCUUUUUUACCGUUUCCAUCAAUGUCGUCUUGUCAGAUGUACGUAUUCCACUAGGGAAGAGGAGAAGAGAGUAGAGAUUCUA